AUGCCCCUUUUGCAACGUCCACCGCCGGAAAGAGGUCUCAGAACAAAAGUUAGGUGGUCUGUGCCUCGCAAAUUAGGAGAAAGACCUCCACCCCCACCUCCACACGCCGUCCCAAAAGGUCAUCGUACGAAGCAGAAACUCCUCGCAAAAAAAACCGCGGUCCAGAAUGUGUCGAAGAAGAACCGUAGCGUCCCAAGAGAAGAAGUAUGUCGGGGUUCAGGUAGGUUGAAAAGCACCGGUCCCCUGGGGAGAGGAGGCCGCGCGGGGCAUGUGGCUUUCUUCGAACCAAAAGCGGCGGUUCUGACGCCGUCCGUCUUUGGCUGA